AUGGAUACCAGGACACUGUCUUAUGAGCUGCUUCUACAAUACCUCACCCUGUGUGUCGGCGGCGGCCACCACUUGUAUGACAUCAUGAGGAGCCGGUUCAUGACGUUAGACACCGGGGCCUCCAGCCUGUUCAUAAAGGGCUUCAGUAGAACAGAAGGAGGCACUGACCAUCCUAGAGAACAUCAAGAGGGCCAUCAUGCCACUGCUUGGGCCCUGUAUGCCGAGCUGAUGGAGAAGGGCCUCAUUCCCAACCAGGAGACAUGGCAGGCCCUGUUCCAGUGUGGCCUCUCCUCUCUCGUCAGGGCCACGGGGACAGGCUGCAGUCCAUCCUGCUCCAUAUAAGGGACAACCAGAUCUAUCCCAUGGAGACUCUGGCUAAAGAUAUCAAAGCUUGGUUUGAGAGGUAAGUCCUGAAUAUAGGUUACUGAAUAGGCCUACAAUUACACAAUAUUAUUGGGACAAAGCAUGGGUUGUGCCUAUUUUAGUUUGAUGAUGAUAUCUUCCUCUCUCCUGCCAAUCUUCCAGACCAGAAGUGGAGUGGAAGCUGGUCCACCGUAGACCCCAGGUAAUGACAUAAACAGUCUCUUCAUCCUCUUCAUUAAACCAUUAGACCUAAUGAAUUCAGAGUUUUAAUCAGCACUUCAUAGGUUACUUCUAUAAGAAAUCUAGAUGGCUGAAAUUAUAUUUUUACCUCUGACCUUUGCCCCCUGUAACCAGGGGAUUGUGUCUGAGCUGCCAGGCAGAGCUGGAAUUCAUCCCGCUGAGUCAGGAGGAGUACGCCCAGCUCAAGGACAGGGUGAUGGGGGAUUUGAUCCCAGGCAGAGACGUCUUAAAUGAGACCACUCCAGAGGUUUGGGAAGCUCUUUUUCUUUCUUGUUUGUCUCCUUUGUGUCUUGUAUCACCACACAUUAUGCAGAUUGUCUACACUGCAGGUCAGCUUUAUGUUAUUUGUCAGCCAGUCCUUUUGAGUACAGUUGGUUGAACAAACACAACAUGUAAAGGUAGACGGCAGAAAAUAUUUGCACUGAAUAUAAUGGCCACUAGAUAGUGCUAGUGUCGUGUUAAACUAAUUCUGCACGAUGUGAAUUCAAUUGGCAAAGUGUUAAUAUUGUCAAGCACUGCAGAUUUCGCCUGCAUUUCUCCAGAUGCAUGCAGUGAGAUUUGCACUUAAAAAAUAAAAAUGUACUCUGGCAAAUUUAGGUUUUGCAUUGAACUGUUCCUUUUGGUGCUGGAUGUUUGGGCAAACAAAUCAGCCGGGAAAUGCAUUAUUGCAUGAUACGGUGUUGUUCAGGGCUGAUCUUGCUUUAGUCUUAGAGUUUUCUCUACUGAUUAAAAUAGCAAGAUGUCCUCCAAAGAAUCAGGCCUGUUUCACAAUUAGAUGAGAGGAUGGGGAUUUCCAGUUGCAGGACAUGUCGCUGCCCUUGUCUCUCUCUGCAUCCCUCAAUGAGCCCGCUCAUUGUCAGUCAGCACAGCCACACAUUGCAAAGGCUGGUCAAUAUGUAGGUGACAAAAUAUAUUCAGCCUUUACUGGCAAAGGCCUGUUGCACCUCAUUGGCUGCGUUUAGACAGGCAGCCCAAAUUUGAUAUUUUCUUUCACUAACGAGUCUUUUGACCAAUCAGAUCAGCUCAGAAAAAGAGCUGAUGUGAAAAGAUCUAAUGUGAUUGGUCAAAAGACCAAUUAGUGGAAAAAAUAUCAGAAUUGGUCUGCCUGUCUAAAUGCAGUGUUUGAUGAUAGCUGCUUGUAGGCUCCUCUCAGGUCAAAAUAAUUGUACAGUAUCUAUCUUACCUCCAUUUGUCACUGUUCCUAUAUGUGGUCAUUUAUGUUUCAUCAAUAAGAAAUCUUCAGAUGCAUGGGAGGAAACAUACAAUGUAUCUUAUGUACCUAAUGCUCCUUAGGGCUCAGACACACCAAUAACAUGUACGGUCUGAGAGUACUUAGCACCUCUGAACGUAAAUUGCGCACCGAUUUUACAUGUAGAAUUUUUGUGAAAAUGUUUGCAGUCAGAUGUCUACCGCAGGUGGUCCCUAAAACACAGUGCGCUGAACGAUUGGCAGCGAUGUGCGCAAGCCUUUAUACACAAUCAAACCUACAGACUUAGAACUACUGUGGGGAAAACACCUUGGGUUAAUUCUGUUUUGGCUUAAUGGGAGCAUGGGAACUCCUUUUUGUACAGAUACACAACAUGACCAAUGUGGACACCUGCUCGUCGAACAUCUCGUUCCAAAAUCAUGGGCAUUAAUAUUGAGUUGGUCCCCCCUUUUCUGCUGUAACAGCCUCCACUUCUAAGAAGGCUUUCCACUAGAUGUUGGAACAUUGCUGCGGGGACUUCCAUUCAGCAACAAGCAUUAGUGAAGGGCGGGCACUGAUUUUGGGCAAUUGGGCCUGGCUCGCAGUCGGCGUUCCAAUUCAUCCCAAAGGUGUUCGAUGGCAUUGAGGUCAGGGCUCAAUGCAGGCCAGUCAAGUUCUUCCACACCGAUCUCGACAAACCAUUUCUGUAUGGACCUCACUUUGUGCACAGGGUCAUUGUCAUGCUGAAACAGGAAAGGGCCUUCCCCAAACUGUUGCCACAAAGUUGGAAGCACAGAAUUGUCUAGAAUGUCAUUGUAUGCUGUAGCGUUAAGAUUUCCCUUCACUGGAACUAAGGGGCCUAGCCCGAACCAUAAAAAAACAUCCCCAGACCAUUAUUCCUCCUCCACCAAUCUUUACAGUUGGUACUAUGCAUUCGGGCAGGUAAUGUUCUCCUGCCAUCCGCCAAACCCAGAUUCGUCCGUCGGACUGCCAGAUGGUAAAGUGUGAUUCAUCACUCCAGAGAACGUGUUUCCACUGCUCCAUAGUCCAAUGGCGGCGAGCUUUACACCUUUACAGUCGCGCUUUGCAUUGCGUGAUCUUAGGCUUGUGUGCGGCUGUUCGGCCAUGGAAACCCAUUUCAUAAAGCUGCCGACGAACAGUUCUUGUGCUGACGUUGCUUCCAGGGGCAGUUUGGAACUCGGUAGUGAGUGUUGCAACCGAGGACAGACGCGUUUCAGCACUCGGCGGUCCCAUUCUGUGAGCUUGUGUGGCCUACAACUUUGCGGCUGAGCCGUUGUUGCACCUUGACAUUUCCACUUCACAAUAACAGCAUUUACAGUUGACCGGGGAAGCUCUAGAAAUUUGAUGAACUGACUUGUUGGAAAGGUGGCAUUCUAUGACGGUGCCACUUUGAAAGCCACUGAGCUCUUCAAUAAGGUCAUUCUACUGCCAAUGUUUGUCUAUGGAGAUUGCAUGGCUGUGUGCUCGAUUUUAUACACUCGUUUUUUGUGACAUGUUUAUUUCUGGGCAUAGCUUGGAUAUUUUUUUGCCUGCUGCAGUCAUUAGCAGCACAAUAGAGUUUCACAUUUCAGCCCUCAAUAGGCUCUCACAUGAGUGACCCUGGAAAGUCCCUGCCUGCUCUGUGUUUGUGUGUGUGUGCGUGCGCAUGUGUUUGUGGGUGGACUCUAACCCCCCUACAUGAGUGAGUUGUUUAUGAAGUGAAACCAGUGUGGGGCACCGAAAACGAACGCCUUCAGUCCUGGGGCUGGAGCGUUGCUCCUAUGCAGCAUCUAUGUUUUCUUUUCAAGGUUCAACUUCUUUGUAAAGUGUGUCGCAUGUAACAGUGCAAGAACAAUGCAUUCCAAUGGAAAAGUAUCUGUACCGUUUUUGUCUAGGAUUCACAGAUUUUAACCCACUCAUUAUGGUCUCUCUGCAGUGCAGCACUGCUUUGUAUAUUUAUUUAUCUUUCUGUCCCAAUCAAUACUUUGAGGUAAAGGCAUGGCAUAAUCUUACACUGACAAUUAGGCCGAAGAGUUUAUGGUAACAUUUUGCAGCAACUUGACAGGGUGGUAGAAUAUAGAACCCAGCAGUAGAACCUAACACAACCUGUUCCUUUUGCUUUAGACUAGACACUACUAGGUCACAGACAGACAGAUGGGUGGAACAGCCAAAGUUUUAUCUACAACUUUUGUUGGGGGAUUUUUGUAGAAUAGUUAUGUGGAAUGUCGCUGUGUAGCCUAAUGCAUUUAAGAUGUAGGCUCUUCGGUGCUUUUAGACAUUUAAUCUUGCAGAUAAGCAGUUGAUAAAAUUGUUUCUCCGAUUUUUUCCACAUGGAAAACUUAGUUGUGCAAGAACAAUGAAGAAGAGCCAUCAAAUGUGAAAGAAUCUCUUCCUACUAGGGAGAAACUCUAAGGGUACACCCAGGCAUCUCCCCAUACUCAAUCAGGCAGUUUGAGGAGACUGUCAUUGAGUGUGACUGGGUCCCAUGCUCUGCCAAACCCUUUCCCUCCACAAUGGAACUAGAGUGGAGAUUCAUUGUCUCCGUCUCCAUCAAACAAACGACAUCCGUGACCCUACAACCUCUGAGAAUUCCCAGUUCUUCUAGUCCCAUUGUGCUACCUCAACUCUCCAUGACAACUGUUGUUGCUGUGGGGAGUAGAUUGCAACACAACAAGCUGUGUUAAUAAGGUAGAGGUGAAGGAAAUGUGAAAGUAACCUCGUCCCCAGGCUAUUGGUCAACUAUAUGUUAACGUCCUGCUUUUAUCCCAGAGGCCUGAACUAAUUAUGUAUUUGAACACUUAAUGAAUAUGAAUGUCUAUGGCCUGAAACCGGGCCUGAACAUUUCUUGAAUACUGAAUGUUGUUUAAUUUCAGAACUUUCUCCCUUCUGCACAAAAUAGGGAUUCCCCAAAUAUUCUUCCCCUUUCCGUUCCAUACAGAUUUCUCACUGCAAUGCUGUUAAUAAUAGUAGUAAUAAUUGUAGCUGACGCUACAAGGGACAAGUUUGUUACCUGCAAAGUCACUAGCUUUAGCCAAAUAGGCUACAGAUCUUUAUAGCAUUAUUAUCUGAAUUUUUUAUUCUCAAAGGUACAGUGCAAUCAAGCAAUUGGAGCCUACUUGAGGAAUGGUUAGUAUUUCCUGAUGCAGAUGCUAAGCUACAGGACUGUUUUGCAAGCAGACUGGAAUAUGUUCCGGGAAUCUUCAGAUAGCAUUGAGGCGUACACCACAUCAGUCACUGGCUUCAUCAAUAAGUGCAUCGAUGACGUUGUCCCCACAGUGACCGUACGUACGUACCCCAACCAAAAGCUAUGGAUUACAGGCAACAUCCGCACUGAGCUAAAGGGUAGAGCUGCCGCUUUCAGGGAGCGGGACUGUAACCCGGACGCUUAUAAGAAAUCUCUCAAUGCCCUCCGACGAACCAUCAAACAGGCAAAGAGUCAAUACAGGACUAAGAUUGAAUCGUACUACUCCGGCUCUGACGCUCGUCGGAUGUGGCAGGGCUUGAAAACUAUUACAGACUACAAAGGGAAGCACAGCCACGAGCUGCCCAGUGACACAAGCCUACCAGACGAGCUAAAUCACUUCUAUGCUCGCUUCGAGGCAAGCAACACUGAAGCAUGCAUGAGACCACCAGCUGUUCCGGAUGACUAUGUGAUCACGCUCUCCGUAGCCGAUGUGAGUAAGACUUUUAAGCAGGUCAACAUUCACAAGGCCGGAGGGCCAGGCGGAUUACCAGGACGUGUACUCCGAGCAUGUGCUGACCAACUGGCAAGUGUCUUCACUGACAUUUUCAACAUGUCCCUGACAUGUUUCAAGCAGACCACCAUAGUCCCUAUGUCCAAGGACACUAAGAUAAACCUGCCUAAAUGACUACCGACCCGUAGCACUCACGUCUGUAGCCAUGAAGUGCUUUGAAAGGCUGGUCAUGGCUCACAUCAACACCAUUAUCCCAGAAACCCUAGACCCACUCCAAUUUGCAUACCGCCCCAACAGAUCCACAGAUGAUGCAAUCUCUAUUGCACUCUACACUGCCCUUUCCCACCUGGACAAGAGGAAUACCUACGUGAGAAUACUAUUCAUUGACUACAGCUCAGCAUUCAACACCAUAGUGCCCUCAAAGCUCAUCACUAAGCUAAGGACCCUGGGACUAAACACCUCCCUCUGCAACUAGAUUCUGGACUUCCUGACGGACCGCCCCCAGGUGGUAAGGGUAGGUAACAACACAUCUGCCAUGAUGAUCCUCAACACGGGGGCCCCUCAGGGAUGCGUGCUCAGUCCCCUCCUGUACUCCCUGUUCACCCAUGACUGCAUGGCAAGGCAGAACUCCAACACCAUCAUUAAGUUUGCUGACGACACAACAGUGGUAGGCCUGAUCACAGACAACGAUGAGACAGCCUAUAGGGAGGAGGUCAGAGUCCUGGCCAUGUGGUGCCAGGAUAACAACCUCUCCCUCAACAUGAUCAAGACAAAGGAGAUGAUUGUGGACUACAGGGGAAAAAAGAGGACUGAGCACGCCCCCAUUCUCAUCGACGGGCUGUAGUGGAACAGGUUGAGAGCUUCAAGUUCCUUAGUGUCCACAUCACCAACAAACUAUCAUGGUCCAAACACACCAAGACAGUCGUGAAGAGGGCACGACAAAGCCUAUUCCCCCUCAGGAGACUGAAAAGAUUUGGCAUGGGUCCUCAGAUCCUCAAAAAGUUAUACAGCUGCACCAUCGAGAGCAUUCUGACUGGUUGCAUCACCGCCUGGUAUGGCAACUGCUCGGCCUCCAACCGCAAAGCACUACAGAGGGUAGUGCGUACGGCCCAGUACAUCACUGGGGCCAAGCUUCCUGCCAUCCAGGAUCUAUAUAACAGGCGGUUUCAGAGGAAGGACCUAAAAAUUGUCAAAGACUCCAGCCACCCUAGUCAUAGACUGUUCUCUCUGCUACCGCACGGCAAGCGGUACCAGAGCGCCAAGUCUAGGUCCAAAAAGCUUCUCAACAGCUUCUACCCCCAAGCCAUAAGACUCCUGAACAGCUAAUCAUGGCUACCCAGACUAUUUGCACUGCCCUCACACCCCCACCCCAUCCCCCUCUUUUACGCUGCUGCUACUCUGUUUAUUAUUUAUGCAUAGUCACUUUAACUCUACCCACAUGUACACAUUACCUCAAUUACCUCGACUAGCCGGUGCCCCCGCACAUUGACUCUGCACCGGUACCCCCCUGUAUAUAGCCUCCCUACUGUUAUUUUACUGCUGCUCUUUAGUUAUUUGCUUUUGUUCUUUAACCAACAAUGCCUUUUUUAAUUUAUUUUUUAAGGUAAGUAAGCAUUUCACUGUAAUGUCUACACCUGUUGUAUUCGGCGCAUGUGGCAAAUACAAUUUCAUUUGAUUUCACAAGGGUAUACAGUACUGUUGUUCUGGUGGACUUUGAGGUUUGUGUUGGGGUGUGGCGGGGGAUUUCUCAGGCUAUUUGCAUCGCAGAGACAAAGAACUGAAAGUACUGGCCUGUUCCCAUGGCUACAGUAUUGUAUAAUAGACACUUAUAAAACAUGAUUCGUUGAACAAUGAAUGGACUCUGCAGUGUCCUACUGUAAUCUACUGUCUGUAGGCUGCAGUUGGUCAGUCUCGUUGCAUUCUCUGGAAACAUGGGGAACGUAUUUGUGAAUGUGAUUAAAUCCUUUUUUUUAAAGAAACAUUUUAAUUCAAAAUACUUUAGAUUUAGACAUGAAUGACCAGUAUUUACCAACCUCCUACCAAUGAAACAUGUAAAUGGAACUAUAUUUCCUAUGCAGCAGUGACGGCAACAUGAGAGACCUAUGCAUGCAUAUAUACAGUGUACAAUGUAUAUGAUAGACAGACCGGUAGAGGGGUUGGCAUGUGUUGGCAUGUGGCCCUGCCAGAAAUUCCCCCACUGUACUGUGUACUGCCAGACUCAUAUCUGGAGCUGGUCCAGAUUCCCAUUGAAACGGAAACAAGGAAAGAAAAACAAGACGAAAGGGAAGGCCUGGCUGUGGAGUUCAGUAAAUAUUGACCAAGUCUUGCCCUGUUACUAAAGUUCAUCCUUGUUGUGUAUGGUCAGGCAUGCAACGUGAGCUGGUGCUUCUGACUUUAAAGUCUGUUUUUGUCAUGAAGUAAUAUUGUUCCAGCAUGUGAAUCCCCCCCACCCCCUUUAUAUUUCCCCUUAGAUAUGAUAUUUGAUAGCUGUGAGACAUUUUAAAAGCAUCAUAAAAAUUACAAUAUUACAUAUGAUAUGCACAAACAUUUAAAAUGGAAGCACAAAGCAUUUCACCAGAUAUUUAAACCAGUAGCUUGUGAAACCAAAUGUUUCUCCCUCUCCUAGGAGCUGGAGAGCUUCAAGAACUUUGUCAAGUGGAAGCCGGCCUUUGUCGUGGUCAUAGAUGGACUCAACGUUGCCAACAUGUGCAUCAAAGGGAACCAGUCGCAGAUGGUGAGUGCUCUGCCAGAUCUCUCAUAUCUGGCGGUGUGAAUCCAGAAUAUAUAAUUGUCAUGAGUUAAGGCAAGGCCUUGACUAUUUUCUUAAGGCAGCGACCUGCCAAACUCAAUGGAACAACAAUCCAAGCAAGAUGGUACGGAAUGUUCAGAGCCUAGGUUGGCACUGUUGAUCUGACCAUAAGAUUCGACACAUAAGGUUGAGAUGUGCUAUUGAUGUGGCUUCUGUAGUGCUAUUAGACUGCACCCGAUGGAAUCUCCAAGUCCCAGUCCUGCCCUCUCCUGCCCUGCCCUGUACUGCCCAGCCCUCUCCUUCCCAGCCCUCUCCUGCCUUGCCCUGCCCUCUCUGCAGUAGCUAUUUGAUUAGAACAUAAUGCACACCCACCGCUGGUGUUACCACUUCCAGUUGGCAAGGCAACAGCUCAUGUUAGUGUGUUUAGGUUCAUGCUGACUCAAUGUUAGUCUUCCUCUGUCUUCCAAACUAAGCAAACCAUAGUCCGUGACACUCAAAAAGCAAUCGCCAUAUACAGGGGGUGGAUUUCCUAAAUCUGGACUUUUUAUAUUACUUGAGUGGUCGAGCAUCAGUCAUCAUCAUUAAAGUAAAUACUCUCAAACAUUAGUUGGGUUGAAUCUGUGGGAGAAAAGUACUUGUUGAUUUUCCAAUAUAAAGAAUAAGGCUUGAAUCACUGAAUAUUACCUAAUUCAUAGUUACAGAAUGGUAUAUUUGUGACUCAGUACAAUAAGUAAUUCUGAACAGGAUGUACGGUAUCUCCAUCUCUCCUGUUGCCACUAGUGGGUGAUAUGGAGCACAGCAAAUAUAGAUUCAUAGAUUAACAUUAAGAUCACUUUAUUGGUCAGUUGCACACAAGGUCUAACCAAAAUGCGAUUUCUGCUUUUAACCUAACCCCUCAGAAAGAUACAUAUACAGGUUUUGGAGAGGUGCGGUUGGCUGCCACACUGGGCGCCCAAGGAGCUGUUGUUGUGGGGGGUUGCUCAAGAGCACAACUGCAGGCAAUGGCAUCUAGGGUCUCUAACCGUUAGGCUACCUGCCUCCCCCUCGAAUAGACCCCUCGGAUAGAGCCAAAUACAAAUAGCCUGAAAGGGAACAUCUUGAAUUUCAAUGAAGUGACUUAGUUGUAAUGCCAGUCCACAUAAGGUACCCAUGUUCUUCCCCCACUUGAGACAAAGUGGAGAUGGCAUUGUCACAGCUGCAGGGUGAUGUGGGAGGCUGUUGUUUAGAACGGAUCCUGUGGGAAAGAUGGGUAUAUUGUUUUCAUAGCCGAACAUAGCCUAACCAUACUCUGUGGGUUUCUAUCUGUGCUCUGUAAGCAGAACCCUCAGUCACCACAGAGUCUGACCACACAGUGUGAUUUAAUAAUGACACUCCUUUUCCUCCCUCCACCUCCCCACAGCUGUGUAGCAUGUUGUUUCUCUGACAGGUGAAGUGAGCAGGAGGGACUGUGGCCUCAGGUCACUGACUGCAUAGAGUAGAUAUGAAUCACCUGUUCCCGGUUUCAAAUACAGGACUUCUGUGUUUGUAUAAGUGCAGCACAGGGAGUUUUAUUUCAGCACACCUACAGACCCUGAUGCCUUAUUGAGGGGGGUUUCUCUCCGGUUCUCACAUGACUAAUAUCAGUAUUUCAAGUGUGUGUAUGUGGUAAACUUUAUGUGUGGUGGUGACUUCCAUCCCAGUUUUGAGCCACAUAUCCCCAACCCACGCGUCUGUAGCCUCAACCACAUCAAACAACCAGACAUGUAGGCAUUUUUGUGUGUGAAACAAUUAACCUACUAUUAACAGUUAUUUGCAAUAAGCAAUGACAUUUAAUAUAGAAAUGAUUGUGUAAUUAAAUAAUUAUUCAUGAUUUAUUUAUUCUUGCUAGAAGAGAGAAUGAGAAAGUGAAAUGGAUACAACAAUGAGAUGAGAAGUAUAAAUGACUUCAGGUUACAGGUUAAAGUUCAUGGCUCUUUUCUCAUGCUUUACUUGGUAAACCUUAUACCUGCUGCUCCAAGCUUACUUCCCCCAUGAUGAGUUAACAGAAAAUAGCCACACCCACCGGCUGUUCCCAGGUCAACACUUCCUCAUCUAGAGUGGACAGAAAGAGAGGUGUGGUUAGGGCUGUUGCUGUGACCAGAUUUUCCUCCACACCUGCAGUCAUGAGUCAUGACCCCGGUAAAAUUCUACGUGACCAUUGAGUCAUGGAAAUCUUAUUUUAUGCACUCUGGACAUGCAUUAGUAGUACCCAACUCGCUAACGAUCAUCAGGUAGCUAAUGGCCUGGUACUCAGGGCUCUAUUGUCCCUCUUACCACUGACAUCAAUGCAAAUGCAAUCGAAAAGCACAUCAAACACUUAUAAUCAAAACAGUAUGUGCUUUUAAAACUCAGCUCACUGUCAUUCAUCAAUUUGAAGAAAGAAGUUCAAUAACAGGUUGAAGCUGAGUGGAAAACAUGGUCAUUGUGGAUAUUGUUUCAAAGCCUAACACAAUGAAAUGGACAGCACUUUCUAAUGUGAUGAUUCAUUCCAAACACCCAUAUGCAUAUUAUACCUUAUGCAUAGGCCGAUAUACAGUGCAUUCAGAAAAUAUUCAGACCCCUUGACUUUGUCAAAAUUUUGUUACGUUACAGCCUUAUUCUAAAAUGGAUUAAAUGAUUUUUUCCCCUCCUCAAUCCACACACAAUACCCCAUAAAGACAAAGUGAAAAGGUUAGCAAAUGGAUAAAAAAAAUCAGAAAUACGUUAUUCAGACUCUUUGCAAUGAGACUCGAAAUUGAGCUCAGGUGCAUCCUGUUUCCAUUGAUCAUCCUUGGGAUGUUUCUACAACUUGAUUGGAGUCCACCUGGGGUAAAUUCAAUUGAUUGGACAUGAUUUGGAAAGGCACACACCUGUCUAUACAAGACAAUGCAGGAGUGGCUUCGGGACAAGUCUCUGAAUGUCCUUGAGUGGCCCAGCCAGAGCCCAGACUUGAACCCGAUCGAACAGACCUGAAAAUAGCUGUGCAGCGAUGCUCCCCAUCGAACCUGACAAAGUUUGAGAAGAUCUGCAGAGAAGAAUAGGGAGAAACUCUCCAAAUACAGGUGUGCCAAGCUUGUAGCGUCAUACCCAAGAAGACUCCAGGCUGUAAACGCUGCCAAAGGUGCUUCAACAAAGUACUGAGUAAAGGGUCUGAAUACUUAUGUAUUCCAGGUGAGAGUAAAAGGGAGAUGGAGCUUGGUUAUUUAUUACAAAUCAAUGCAUAAAUUAAUGUUGUCUACAUGAGGACCUAAAAGGAACAUUGAUAAAGAAAGAAAUACAAGGCAUGUGUAUGUUUGAGGUUAUUAUAAUUCUUGUGGUGUUCUGUUACUUUUUUCCAGAGGAUAUCAAGUUAUGACACCAUUGUCCAGACAAAUGGAAGCUCCUGGCACAUCCACUAUGAUGAGACUGGGGCAGAGGAAAGGACCCUGCUUCUGUUUGAUCUUCACAAACCGUAA